AUGAUUAAGAUUCUAGAAAAAAUAAAUAAUACACCAAUAAAAAUAAAAUUAUCUUCUAAAUCAUUUUCAAGAAUAUACACUUUUAAAGAUGUGUGUAUUAUAAUAUAUGAUGAUUUUAUACUUUUUAAUAAUACAAAAAUAGUAUAUUCUGUAACACAGGCUACUAAACAGGAUAAUACAUUAUUAUUAAGUGAUGGUACAACACUUUAUAUUUUAGAUUUCAAUUUGUUUACUAUAACAAACAAACCGGGGUGCAUAAAUAAUGAAAAAAAUAAUGAUAGCAUAAAUCAAAAAAAAUUGUUAGACAGUGGAAUUAGUAUUGAUGAUAAUAUAAUUGAAUAUAAAAAAAUUACUAGUGAAAAUACAGUUAAAUAUUGUGAUAUUGAAUUUGAAAAUACUACUGAAGUAUUUUACUAUUCUUGUGUUGUACAAGAUAAGUAUAUAAUACUUGUAAAUGAUAAAUCAAGUACAAUUUCUGUAUUUGAUGAUGAGUUAGAAGAAAUUUUAAAUGAAGACUUUUUUGUUUUAUGUGAUGACCAGGGAAAUCCUUUGUAUGUAAGAGGAUUAGAUAGUAAUGAAUAUAUGGUUACACAAAUUGAUUGUAAAGGAAAUAUUAUUUAUUAUAAAUAUAAAGAUUAUCAAAAUAAGGAAUUUAAAUUUAAAAAAUUUAUAGGUUCACUUAGUAAUAAUAUCUUUAAAGAUGUUACAGAUGAAAUAGAAAACCAUUCUGAUGUACACAAUUUGUGUGUUAGUGAUGCAAAUAAAAAGGAUAAUACAGUAAAAGAUGUUAUAGAUAACAUUACAAUAAAAGAGGAUGAUACAAUAAAAGAUGUUAUAGAUAGCAUUACAAUAAAAGAGGAUGAUAUACUAAAAGAUGUUAUAGAUAAUACUACAAUAAAAGAGGAUGAUACACUAAAAGAUAUUAUAGAUAAUACUUCAAUAAAAGAGGAUAAUACUGUUAGUACUGAGCAACAAUUAUAUGAUGAAGACAGCUUGCUUGAAAAUUUUCCGAAAAUUGAAUCAAAUCCUAGUGAUGUUGAAUCAAAUUUAAGUAAUUUUAAAUUGAAUACUAGUGAUGUUAAAUUGAAUCUUAAUGAUACUGAGCAAAAAGAUUUUAUUAACAAUAAAACAAUGCUAAGUAAUAUGGCAGUAAUAUCUGAGACAAAUGUACCAGAGGAGAAUUUAAAUAAUAAAAAUUUAAGUAGUAUGGUACAUAGUUUUUUGACAAAAGCUAGCCAAAAUGUAGAUAGAGGAAAUGCUGUUAACAUAUUUGAUACUAUAAAAAAUAACCAAAAUGUGAUUGAUACAAAUAAAAAAGAAGCGGGUGAAAAUACAACUGUGUUUGAUAAUACUGUUUGUACUAAAGAUUCAAAUACGAAUAAUUCUGUUAAUAAAAACAUAAUAUCUUCUUUUGAAAUGGGAGAUAAAGAAAAAGAAAGUGACGUGUUUAGUUUUAACACUUUUAGUAAAACUAAUAUUUUUAGUGAAAAGAAAUCAUCUGAUGUAAGUGAAAAAAAUGUUUCUUCGUAUUCAAAAGAUUUAGAAGUUAGCAAACAAGAUGUAAAUAAUAAAAGUAGCGAAAUAGAUUUUCCUGUUUUUAAUAAAAGUAAUACAAUGGAUGUAGAUAAAAAGUCAGAAAAAAUUAAUGUAAAUCUAAAAGACGAAGCAGCGUCUAAAAUGGUAGAUUUGUUUAAUAAAAAUAUUAUAAAUAACGAUAAAAAAUAUGAAAAUUUUAUCAGUGAUGAUGAACAAAAAAUCAAGUCAAACAAGGAUCUUUUGGAAGCUUCAACAGAAAAAAUUAUUUGUAAUAUUAAGAAUAUUAAAGUUAAUAAAUUUAAUAUUUCAGAAUAUAGGAUUCCUAAAUUUAAUUUAGAUACUGAAUUAGGCACACUUUACAAUAAUAUUAUAAAGCUAGAGAAUCUAGAUAAUUUACAAACAGAUAUGAAAGAUAAAUUAUUUUAUAUGAUUAAUGUAUUACAAUUAGACAACAGUGUUGAUUAUGAAUAUAUAAAAAAUAGUAUUAAAUAUUUUGAUACUAAAAUAAAUGCAAAAAGUCGUAUUAAUAUACCAUUUGUGUACAACCAUGGAAUUAUUGAUUUUAAAAAUAAUAUAAAUUACAAGCCAGAAGUAAAAGAAAAUAAAAUCUGUAAUCUUGAAGUUGAUCUUAUUACUAAUUUUGACAAUUUAUGUAAAAUUACCUUAAAGAAAAAUGAAGUAGAAAAUAAUUCUAAUAGUACAUUCCAAUUAGAUGAACAACCGCAAUAUUGUAAUAAUGUGCAAGCUAUUCCUCAAGCAGAGCCAUUUAUAAAUAACACUGGAAAUAAUAUAUUUAACGAACCUCACAUAAUGUAUCAAAAUGUUAAUCCUCCUAACUUCAAUUUUACAAAAAUGACUGACAAUGGAAGUUCUAUACCAGUAAUAAAAAAUACUGAACAAACAGAAGAAGUUACAAAGCCCAAUGCUUUUAGUAGAUUUGCUAAUUUCAAUAAAUUAAAUAAAUAA